AUGAGUAUGGGUAUCGAACCAGUUAGUCAACGUCAUCAAUUAAACGAAAGUUGGACACUUUGGUAUGAUUUUCAAGAGAAGAAGUACGUUAAUACGGACAAUUGGAGUGAUAAUCUUCAGCAAUUAGGCAUAGCUGAUAAUGCAGAAAUGUUUUGGGCUAUCAUUGAUAAGAUUGGGGAGACUCAAGAUCUACCCAUUAGUUCUAACUUACACUUCUUCCGUAAGGAUAUUUUACCUAUGUGGGAAGAUCAAAGGAACUUAGAAGGGGGUAAAUGGGUUUUAGAAUUACCUUCACCACAACUAGCCCAUCAAGUUUGGACAGAUACACUACUAUUCUGUAUAUCAGAGCUAUGUAUGCUACGGACAGUACAAAUGGAAGGUAGUGAGUUAGUGAUUAAUGAAUCUACUAUAGAUGAGAAAUUAGCUGGAGUUAUUUGUGGGGCUGUACUUUCACCACGAAAGAACUGUGUGCGUAUUAGUAUUUGGACGAGUAUUAAAGACAAUCGGGUCUUGCAAGUAGGGAAGCUUUGGCGGGAGAAUGGUAAGAUUCCUGAUUCUUUUAAGAUUCUCUUUAAAGCCCAUGAGAAUGCGAUUAGAGGAUCUCGGGAUAUCUCUUCAGAUGUUUACACCUUAUAA